AGUCCUGUGAUAUUGUGGCCUCAGCUCUCCAGUCACCAAACUCACCCCUGAGAGAUCUGGACCUCAGCUACAAUGACCUGGGAGAUUCAGGAGUGGAGCUGCUCUGUGCUGGACUGAUGAGUCCAAACUGUAAACUGCAGAGACUGGGACUGAACAACUGUAAACUCACACAGAAGUGCUGUAAUAUUGUGGCCUCAGCUCUCCAGUCAUCAAACUCACCCCUGAGAGAUCUGGACCUCAGCAACAAUAACCUGGGAGAUUCAGGAGUGGAGCUGCUCUGUGCUGGAUUGAGGAGUCCAAACUGUAAACUACAGAGACUGGGGCUGGGUUGGUGUAAUCUCACAGAGGGCUGCUGUGAUGUUCUGGCCUCAGUCCUGCGUUCUCCUGACUCAGAGCUGAGAGAUCUGGAGCUCAGAGACAACGAGCUGCAGGAUUCAGGAGUGAGAGCGCUCUCUGCUGGACUGGAGGACCCAUACUGUAAUCUGCAGAGACUGGGGCUGUCAGGCUGUAGAGUCACACAGAGAGGCUGUGAUUCUCUGGCUUUAGCUCUAUGUUCAAACCCCUCACACCUGAGAGAGCUGGACCUGAGAUACAAUCACCCAGGAGACCCAGGAGUAAAAGCGCUGUCUGCUGCUAAACUGGACACACUCAAACUGCUGUAAGUACAGAGAGUUUCC